AUGAGCAGCGAAUAUGGAAACAAGGACGCUGGCGCACUGGCAGUCGGUAACGUCGCGAGCAGACAAUCAGGUUCAAAAAGCGGAAACGAACACGAUGGAACUAGCAAACCUGCGCCAGCAGUCGGAAAUUAUCCUCCAGGAAACGACACCACAUCAUCCGGCGGUUAUGGCAGCGCAAACGUCUGGUCAGACAGAGUCCCAAGAGCUAACCCCGACAGCAACACCAAUAGUAACCCAGUUAUCACAGAAAGCCAGCCCUUCGGUGGAUUAAUUGAUCAAUCUUUGAACGGCACCAGUCUCAAGUCGGGGUUGGCAGAUGCCAAGCAGGGCGUCGACAAAGACACACGUCGGGACAUAGAUCCAUUGAACCCGUAUGGAAAGAGCAGUUUGGACAGUAGUUUCGACGCGCGACAGCAUUUGACGGACGCUUUGGAUGUGGUUGACAAUGUGGAGCCCGUGCGCAAGAGCAAGGAUCGCGGAGCAUCGGCGGAGGUUGGAGCACGCGUUAGCGUUAAACGUUAA